ACACGUGGUACAUCGUUUUUCGAGCCGUCGGAGCAUUUGCCAUUGGAGGCCUCCCACAAGCGUUGACUCUUUGCUGUGAAUACGUUCCCGGCAGGCAGAGGGGGCGUGCCAUAUUCAUCCUGUCUGUAGUUUUUCUGGGCUCUGGGCGUCGUCAUACUUCUGUCCUUCCUCUACUUCACGCUGGAGACCUCUGAAAAUUGGAGACUCUUCCUCGCAUUCGCUUCUUUGCCCGCUGCUAUCGCCAUGGUCAUGAUGAGGUGGUUCCCAGAGAGCUUCCGUUACCUGUUGGUAAGCGAACAGUAUGUUGCAGCUGGGCACACCCUGGCGGAAAUGGCUUUAACAAACAGAAAGGACCUUCCUAGAGGAUCCCUAAAUCCCUUAGUCGACAGGAAAAGGAGAGGUCGACCAGGUCUUCUCUUCACCGAAGGUCAACUGAAGAGCACACUUCUUUUUAUGUACAUGGGGGUUGCUACAGGAGUUGCGUACUACGGCUUAGACAUGAUGACGCCGCAUCUAACUCGUUACGGAACUCAAAAUAUUACAGACAUGAAUUACACAACCGACAACUUUCUCAGCGACAGAUUUCUUCCCAUAUCCUGCCUGAAAGGAAUGGAAACAACAGAAUUUAUAGAAAUCUUGUGGACGAAUGCGCUGGAUUUCCCAGGUUUUCUCAUCUUCUUCAUCUUGGUGGAUGUCAUCGACAGGAAAAUAUUGCUGUCCGCAUCUUGCCUGCUCUGUUCACUCUUCACGUUUCUGUUGCUUCUCCCGACGAGCGACCCCAUUAUGCCCAUUGCCUUCUUCUUCUGUGCCAGGACGCUUCUCAUCAGCCAGUUCGACAUGCUCCUACUUAUGACGGCAGAAGCAUUUCCCACUACUCAGAGAGGACUAUCUGUUGGUUUGGAGACAGCUACAUAUUAUCUAGGGCAACUGAUUAGUUCAUAUGCAGUUCAGGGUUUAUUAAUCAACAAUUUCAUCUUGCCAGUGAGUUUCAUAGGAAUUCUUAUGUUCUUCAGUGCAGUGUCAUCAGCUUGCCUUACGUGGGAAACCAGAGGCCUCGAACUCCAGGAUGUGCUGAAAUUCAAAUAAAAGGAAAUUUGCCGGCCAUAGCAGCUAUAAAAGAACGUAAACAGUUGGACGAAGACGCAUUAAAUGCUAACACUUGCGGACGGAUGAUACUUGAAAAUUGAUACACGGAAAGAAAUGUUUUAUUUUAUCGCAGCAAC